UUAAUCGUCAGCCAGCACCCACUGGAGAUGUUACUUUGUUACGCCCUCGCGCAGUGACGUCACCGGCAUCUGGCGGGAGUUACAGCUCUUCAAACUCUAUCACGCGUCCAUACCUCGCGUAUUGUUCUUUUCAAGUCUGUUUCUUUUAAAGACUCGUUUAUUUGUGGAAAUGAUUGGACAGAAAAGUAUCACGUCAUUUUUUUCGCCCAUGUCCAAAAAAAGAGAUCUGGACGAGAUAGUUAGAUGCCCAGGAGACCCAGGAGAUCAUGGCAAGAAACGGAAGUUGAGUCCCGAGCAGCUGCAGCGGAUCUCCAGGAAGAAGGCGGCGGCGCUGGAGAGGCUCGCCGGGAAACAGGCUCUCCCGAGCGGCUUCGGAGAGAGCUGGGAGGCGGCGCUCAGCGCGGAGCUCGGGAAGCCCUACUUUAGAUCAUUAAUGUCAUUUGUUGCUGAGGAGAGGCAGAAGCACACCAUCUACCCUCCUCCAGAUGAGGUUUUUACCUGGACACAAGCAUGUGACAUAAAAGAUGUGAAGGUUGUGAUACUUGGCCAGGAUCCUUACCAUGGACCGAGCCAGGCUCAUGGGCUUUGCUUCAGCGUGCAGAGACCUGUGCCUCCUCCACCGAGCUUGGUGAACAUCUUCAAGGAACUGGCUUCAGACAUCGAAGGCUUCGAGCAUCCCGGUCAUGGAGAUCUGUCAGGAUGGGCCAAGCAAGGAGUUCUGUUGCUGAACGCGGUGCUGACGGUGCGUGCUCACCAGGCCAACUCUCACAAGGACAAGGGCUGGGAGAUGUUCACUGAUGCUGUGAUACACUGGCUCAGCACUUACAUGCAGGAUCUGGUCUUCAUUCUCUGGGGCUCUUACGCUCAGAAGAAGGGGGCUGCCAUCGACAAGGAGCGGCAUCACGUUCUGCAGACGGUGCACCCCUCUCCACUGUCUGCUCACCGCGGCUUCUUCGGAUGCAAGCAUUUCUCACAGACCAAUCAACUGCUGAGGAAAUCAGGAAAGAAGCCCAUCGACUGGAAAGCUCUGUGACCGUUUCCAUUCGUGGCUGUAGAUGGAAUGCUGUUUGUCCCGUUUCAGAAAUAAACGUUGUUUUUUAAUGUUCAUUUCCUGCACUAAAAAUAUCCACAUGCUCGUUCUGAAUACAUAUGUGUUUCUGGAGUAGGUAGACUGUUCAUUUAUCUGUCCAUUUCCCAUCUAGUUUUUCCUGUUUUCAUUUCGGAUGUUAUCGAUGUCGUUUUAAAUGUACAACACUAACAGUGAAUGUUUUUGUGUUUGUGUCCGUUAACACAAUAAACUAUUUUUCUACAGAA